CGGUUCGGGUUCGGUUCGCGUGUGCUUACAUCAUGGAUUCAAUUGCCUCCUCCUCCACGUUGCUGAUUGCCCUGGCGCUGCCCCUUCUGGCGCUCUUCCUGUACAAAUGGUCAAAGGCCACACAUGAUACAUUCAUAAAGAGGGGAGUGGCCCAUUCUAAGCCUAAAGCACUUUUGGGGAACGUUCCCAUUAGUGGAUUCUUCGGUCGCCUGCCAGUUCUUAAGCUGAUGAUCGACCAGCAUAUGGAAUUCAAGGGUAGCAAAGUCUAUGGGGUAUACGCAUUGCGCGAUCCCCUUAUAUUUCUGCGAGAUUCUGAACUGAUUAAAUUAGUUGGCAUACAGAAAUUCGAUUAUUUUGUCAAUCACAAUGCCAUGCAGAACAAUAUGAAUGAAUCUAUAUUGUCGAAAAGUCUCAUUUCACUGAGGAAUGAGCAAUGGAGAGAGAUGAGAAAUAUAUUGACACCGGCAUUCACCGGCAGUAAAUUGAGAGCCAUGUAUGAACUGCUCCAAGAAUGCUCUGCAGAGGCUGUCCAGCAUAUCCAGGAGCAGUUACCAAAGGCACAGGACGGUGCCAUUGAAUUGGAAAUGAGAGAUUUUUUUACUUGCUACGCCAACGAUGUGAUAGCCACUGUGGCCUUCGGUGUCAAAGUCAACUCGUUCAGGCGGAAAGAUAACGAGUUCUUUCGCAUCGGUCAAUCUUUGACUGUGUUCAACUACAAAACAAUGACCAAGGCGGUACUCUUUGCCCUGAUGCCAAGAAUAAUGAGGUUAUUAAAGGUGCAAGUUAUGGACCCAAAGGUUAUCGAUUAUUUCAAAAGUCUCGUUCUGAUGGCCAUGAAAUAUCGCAAAGAACAUAAUGUCGUUCGACCAGAUAUGAUCCACCUGCUAAUGGAAGCCAAACGAUUGAGAUCUGAGGAUUUUAAAAAAGAGAAUCAGGACGACACCAAACACUGGUAUUCCGAUUUAUCCGACGAUGACUUAUUAGCGCAGUGUUUGUUGUUCUUUUUCGCUGGCUACGGCAUUAUUUCUACGGCACUUUGUUUCCUCACCUAUGAACUUUGCAUGAAUCAAGAUGUGCAAAAGAAUCUGUAUGAGGAAAUUCUGAGUGUGCAGCAGGAUUUGGAAGGAAACCUAUUGUCGUACGAGGAUAUUAAGCGUAUGAAGUAUUUGGAUAUGGUAAUAAUGGAGGGCCUACGCAAAUGGCCUCCAGCUAUAUCCACGGAUCGAGAAUGCUGCAAGGAUAUCGACUUGAAGGAUGAAACUGGCCAAGUAAUAUUUUCGGCAAAGGCUGGCGAUGUGCUACAAAUUCCAAUCUUUGCCAUACAUCACGAUCCCGAACACUUCGAGGAACCCGAGAAAUUUAAUCCUGAACGUUUUUCAAACGGAGUGAAUCCAUUUACAUAUUUACCUUUUGGAUUGGGUCCCAGGAAUUGCAUAGGCAACCGACUGGCACUUAUGGAACUCAAAUUAAUUAUAUAUCAAUUGGUAUUGAAUUUCAAGUUGAUGCCAGCAGAGAAAACAGUUUCGAAUAUGCUGGAAAGUGUUGUGGGUCAUAAUAUGCAGCCGAAGGAGGGAUUCUGGUUGAAAUUUCAACCGCAUACACAUUAAACUUUCGAGAUUCAGAACCAAAAGUGAACGUAAUUAAUCAAAUAGCAUGUUUUUAAUUAAAAACUUAAAUGCACUUGCCAAGUGUGCGGCUCAGUACUCUCUGUAGUCGGUGUUUGCUUUGGAUUUACUUAA